GGUCCCGCAGGUAAACAAAUGGCGCCUUUCUACAUAAAAUUACCGGGUCCAGUCCAGAGUUCGUCUUGAGCCUCAGAAUACGUAAUUACAGCGUUACGACGUCAGUUACCUUUCUCUAACGUAGAUCGACCUUGUCUGCCAGAAAUGGAAACUGAAAAUCCGGCACGUCUGCGAAAGUUGGCAGUGAAAUUCGACAACAUUUCUCGGCCCGACGGAUCGGCACUUCUGGCACACGGGGAGACAGUAAUCCAGGCCGGAGUCUACGGCCCCAUCGAAGUGCGCCAGGCUCGGGAGCUUGCAGAGAAAGCGACGGUGGAGGUCUUCUAUCGCUCAAAGACUGGACAUCAAAACUGUUCCGACCGAUUGGUGGAGAAAGUCGUCCGCAGCACCCUGGAAACUGUCAUGUUGGUUGCGCUCCAUCCACGAACGUGCAUCUCCAUCUCUCUGCAGGAGCUUCACAAUGACGGCAGCUUAUUGGCCUGCUGCAUUAAUGCGGCCUGCCUGGCUGCCAUAGAUGCGGCCAUUGCCAUGAAAUGCCAGGUGGCUGCGGUUUCUGCAGCGAUCACCCACACAGGCAUCGUUGUGCUGGAUCCUAAUAAGAAACAGGAAGAGGAAGCGAGGGCGACGUGCACCUUUUCCUUCGAGAGCAGGGACAGCAAGGUGGUGUCGACGCGCACGACCGGCCGCUUCUCCGCGCAGGAGUUCCAGAAGUGCCUGAGCGCAUGCCGUGCCGCGGCGGCGGACAUAUUUGCAUUCUAUCGGGACGCUUUCCGCAGACGAUACAGCAAGUGUCUUGAAGUGGGAGAAGACGACUGACCGUUAUCGGUGCUUCUUCGUCAUAAUAAAGCUUGUGAGAAAAGG